CUCCAUCAAUAGUCAAAGUGUUAGGCAUUGUUAGUUUGUCGUUUCGUUUACUCAUGUGCGUACAACAAAUGCAAAACUGUUCAAACCCUUGUUGUAAAGUGUGGUAAAGAAGGAAAUUGCAAGGAAAAUAAGUGUUUAGGUACAGCUAGAUAGUAUUGCUAUUCCAACCUCCAACUAUAGUCAAACUGUUAGGCAUUGUUGGUUUGUCGUUUCGUUUACUCAUGUGCAUACAACAAAUGCAAAUCCAUUCAAACCCUUGUCGGAAGGGGUGGUAAUGAAGGAAAAGGCGAGAAAAAUAAGUGUUUAGGUACAGUGAGAUAAUAUCGCUAUUCCAGCCUCCAUCAAUAGUCAAAGUGUUAGGCAUUAUUAGUUUGUCGUUUUGUUUACUCAUGUGCGUACAACAAAUGCGAAACUGUUCAAACCUACCUUUUGUGUGUCCAGUAAUAAUAGAGUGGGGCCAGCUGAUGAGUCCUCCCACUAUAAACAUAAGGGAUGAAAACCAUCUCUGUGGGAUAACCCCUGGAGAUUGUUUCUGGCUUUUUCUUGUUUUGCAGGUAUACAGCACAUUCUCUUCUUUGUCCUAUAGUUCUGACUACACAAUUGUGUUUGUAUACCUUCCAUGCCAUUGUGUCUGUCAUGCAGUGCAUUACAACUCUUCUGGUUUGCUCUGUUAUCUAUGUAUGUGGAGUCUGACUGUGUUGGGGUUGUUAGCAGCAGCAACUAUAUUCAACAUAUUAGGCAUGGUUGGUUUGUCA